UAUGUGUUUCUGCUGUUUUUGUCUUAAUGAGAAAUCUAAUCGAAAAGAUUUGUUAAAACUACUAGUAGUAGUAUUAGUUUUUUGUCGUUUAAUGUUUUUGGAAAAAUCGAUUUGUGAAAUUUUUAAAAUAUAAUUUACUUAAUAUGAAGAGAUAUAUACAAAAGGAAAUUUAAAGAGAAAAGUCAAAGCCUGCUAAAAGGAAAGAGAGGUAGAGUAGAGCACUCUCGGCUAUAAAAGGUUGACAAGGUCAAUACAAAGAAUCAUUCGUAGCAAAUAAGAGUAGAGAACUAGAGAGAGCAAUAGAGAAAAGAAUAAGUGAUCACACCAAGAAAUUGUGUAAACCCGUUGCUUGAUGGCAAAACUGAUCGGAGAAGAGCCACCGGUUAAAAGAAGAAGGAUGACGUUUAAUAUUCUGAUGCUUCCUGAUGAUUUGCUAUUGAAUUGUUUAGCUCGUAUCUCUAGAUUACACUACCCAAUUAUAUCCUUAGUCUCCAAGAGAUUGCGCUCUAUCCUUACUUCUUCCGAGCUUUACCAAACACGAACCCUCUUAGGCCGCACCGAGAGUUGUCUCUACGUGGGCUUAUCAGUCCAUCAUGAUUCUAAGCCGCUACGUUGGUUUACUCUCUGCCGGAGACCAAAUAGCUCGAGGAAAGUUUUGGUCCCAGUUUCAUCUCCCCAUCAAUCUCUCCCCGAGUUCUGGCCAGCUAUUGCACUCGUUGGUACCAAUGUAUACGUCAUUGGUGGUUUAAGAAAUAAGAUUGCGUCUUCUAGCGUCAUGGUCAUGGACUGUCAUUCUCACACAUGGACUGAGGCCCCAAGCAUGCUUGUACCACGUCAGAGCCCAUUUGUUUGCGUUCUUGAUGGGAAAAUAUAUGUAGUAGGAAGCCAGAAAGACAAAACCACCUGGAUGGAGGUAUUCGAUACAAAGACUGGUAACUGGGAGUUUGUGCCGGGUCCUAGCGAAGAAAUAUGCAAAAGAGCUACUAGGUACCGAUGCAUAGGGUAUGGUGGAAAAGUUUACGUGACAGCUGAGAAAGGUGAUACAUAUGAGCUGAAUAGAGGUAGAUGGAGAAGAGGACCCUUGUUCAUCGAUAGGGCUGGUUUCAGUUCAUCUUUUUGUGUGAUAGACAACGUGCUGUAUCGUUGUAAUAGCUGUAUGAUCGAUUGGUAUGACUCUGAGGAAAAUUUGUGGGAAACGGUUAAGGGUUUGAAGGGAUUGGUUCCCUUUUAUUCGGGUUACAUCCAUGCUAAAGCGGCCAAUCAUGGUGGAAAAAUGGUGAUUUUAUGGGAGGAGAAAGUGUAUGUUAACAAGCUUCCUCAUGAGACAAAGAUUUGGUGUGCGGAAAUUACUAUUGAAAGACGCCAGAAAGAGAUGUGGGGGACCCCUGACUGGUUUGAAGUUGUCUUGUCUACAAAAAAUGAGCGAUUUGAUCAAUUAUCAUAUGUUUUUUUCUGCUACUCUUUGAUGAAUACCACAGGAGAAACAUUGUUCAGUUUUUAAAUUUCCUUCGAAAAAAAAUAUUUUGUCUAUUUACGAAAGGCUUUGGUUCUAAGAUGUAUGAUUCCCUCUUGAAACACCUCUAAUUCUUUGCGGUUGGAGUUUUGCAGGAUAAUAAGCUAGCCAGACAAGUUAAACAGCCUAGUAGACCCUGAAUCGAAUUUUGGAAGCUUAUCCUUUAAGCCUCUCACCUGAACUUUGAGCUUGUUGUUCUUCUAAAAGCAGAACAAACGGCCGUUUAUGACACAGGAAGGAUAUAUCAGUGAGAUUAUUGGCUGUCUCACAGAUCAAAACAGAGGAAAGGUGCAACGUUUCCUUCUGAGAUACGUUUUUCAGGUUUCUUUAUUUGCUAUCUGGUCUGAAAGAAACCGAAGAAGACAUGGGGAAGACUCUCGUACACC